UCCUUGCAAGAAAUGAAAUUUAUGGAAAAGUGUUUCAGUUUCACGGCACAAAGAGACCGGUUAUAUCGUUACCACUUUUACUUCUCCGGUCUCCGAUCAGCCAUAACCGAUUUUGGAGAUGGCACUGUCAUGCAUUGUUGGGUACCGAAAUCCCAACGUCCAAACAAGCCAAAUCUCCUCCUCCUUCACGGUUUUGGAGCCAACACAAUGUGGCAAUACGGAGAUCUUCUCCGCCACUUUGUACACCGUUACAAUGUUUACCUGCCUGAUCUGCUGUUUUUCGGUGGCUCUCGAACCGCGAGGCUUGAGAGGUCGGAAACAUUUCAGGCGCAAUGUGUUAUGAGGCUCAUGAACGAGGGUCAUGGUGUGGAUAAGAUGAGUCUUGUGGGGAUAAGUUACGGUGGUUUUGUCGGUUAUAGCGUGGCGGCGCAGUUUCCACUUGCGGUUGAGAAGGUGGUUUUGUGUUGCGCCGGUUUGUGUUUGGAGGAGGAGGAUAUGGGCGGCGGGUUGUUUCCGGUGGCAGAUUUAGAUGAGGCGGCCAGCAUUUUGUUGCCACAAACGCCGGAUAAAUUGAGAGAAUUGAUGAGAUUGUCUUUUGCUAAGACUCCUUUGAGAGUUCCUUCUUAUUUUCUAUCAGAUUAUAUUCAUGUGAUGUGUACUGAUCAUGCAAAAGAGAAGAAAGAAUUACUACAAGAAAUACUUAAAGACCGUAAAAUUUCAAACAUUCCUACAAUUACUCAGCCAUCAUUAAUUGUAUGGGGAGAACAAGAUCAAAUAUUUCCAUUGGAAUUGGGUUACAGGCUCAAGAGACAUAUUGGAGAUAAUGCAGAACUAGUUACAAUUAAGAAUGCAGGGCAUGCAGUGAAUUUGGAGAAACCUAAUGAGUUUGCUAAUCACCUUAAGGGAUUUCUUUUAAAUGAUUAUAACACUUAUGCUUCAUUUCUUAAAUUACACAAACGAAAUUAA